AUGCAACCAUUAUCCAAGGCAAGAGCUAGGGCGGCGGUCAAAGAAAACGUCCUCUCCGCAUUUCCGCAUCUAUGGGCCUUUCAAUCUCCGUUCUGUCCGUGUUUCCACUACGACUGCGGUUAUGGCUCGGCAGGCUGCUCUUUCGUCCCCUCAGCCGCGCCGCUGUGA